AAAAGCAUUCAUCAUACACUUCAAAACUACUCACAAAGAAACCUUCGAGCAAGUCUAAUUCAUUUGAAAUCAUCAUGGCUCCUUCUUUGGCUAUCAAUGAUAACAAUGUUGAUCAUGAGAGCAACCCUGAAAUCGUAGAGAAAUGGUUUCAUGAUCAUAUUCAGCUUAAUGCCAAACCUAAGCUCACCAAACUCCAUUUCUUUGUCCACGACAACGUUACGGCCAAUAAUCCUACAUCCGUUCUUAUUGCCCCAGCUAACACCAACAAUAUUGCAUCUAUAGCUUUUGGUUCAACCUACGCUAUGGAUGCGCCCAUCACAAUGGAUUCAGAUCCGAGAUCCAAACUCAUCGGUCGAGCCCAAGGCACGUUUACCUUUGUAGGUCAAGCUGAACCGGUCUUGUCUAUGGCUAUCAACUUGGUGUUCACAGAAGGAGAUUACAAGGGCAGUUCUCUUAGCAUUCUAGGAAAUAACCCCAUAUCUCAUGACUUUAGAGAAAUGCCCAUAUUGGGAGGUACCGGAGUAUUUUGCUUGGCUCGCGGAAUUGCUACCGUGGAUACUGUUACUGUUGACAUUGCAAAGCUGAAUGACAUUCUUGAGUACCAUGCCAUCGUUCAGCAUUACUGAUUCCCUUGAUUGAUCAUAUUGAUGCUUGAUUUAGUUGUAUUCUCCUUCUGUGAACACCAAGUUGAUUAUACAAUUAUAUGAUUUAGUUGUAUUUAUUCUUUUCUUGGGUGCUGCUCAAAUUUUUCUUCAUGGAACUUUUUUGCACAUCCAUCUUUGUAAUAAUCAUACGUGACGAAAUGCAUUUGUAUCUUCCCUUAUUACUGAAUAAAUUGGAAAAGUAUUCUAAUUAAAUGUAUAUAUGUUUUUAUUAAUUAUGAUAAUGAUGGUUUA